CGAUACUUGAACCACAGAGGCUUAUCUGUGGAUUCGUUGGCCCAACCCCAGUAUACCUCCCACACUUUAAUGAAUUUGAUUAUUCAUAUGUCGGGUAAAUUGGCCCUCCACAGAAACCCUCUUGCUCUACAAAGAGUCUACUCAGAGUAUCCACUAACCAAUUCCGUUGACCUGAAGCUGCUAAGAGAGAUUAGGACACGCAACCGUCCGGAAACAUGGUUAUCAGUGGUGAAUUUGAAUAUCACACACUAUCUAGGAGUCGGGUAUACCCUGGCUACCUUUCAAGCGGACGAUCACGUCUACAGGGUCCCACAAACUUGGAUUAAAGAACACAACACGUUGGUCAUGAACAUUAUAAAGGAAUUGCUGAAUAACCCCCAGGAAACAACGAUCUCGUCGUUGGAAACCCUGCUUCACCUAUUGGUAGAUUAUUUGGACCAAGACAAGGCUAUUAUCGCCACUUCUCAAAUAUUUGGACACCCUGAAAUGAGUCCUGUAGAGAAGGCUCGGAAAUUGCAGAUGCGGAUGCAGUUAUACGAGGUGAUCUUGAUGUGCUACAACAUGUUGGUUAUUUCCAUAAACGGCGAAGGGAGUGGUGCACACAUGCCCCAUGGCGAAGAACGAGAGAGGCUUUAUCGCUAUUACGGACUAAAAUGCGUCAAAUACGCCUUGUGCUCUCUUGCCAUAUACCGCCAAUUUCUGGAAUUUCUUCGCCUGAGCGGUGAACCCAAACACGCAAUCAGAUGCUUCCUGACAAUUCAGCUUGAAAGCUUAGUGCCCAGGGCUUUGCUUACCCUUAUUAGUUACUUAGUUCGAUCUACCUGGACUGACCAAUCCAGCUUGCAAAGACUGUGGCGGAAAGACGUCUUUACCAGCUUCACCCUCGACAGACUAGAGAAUGGAUCCGAGCACGAUGAACCUAGCUUAAAGGCUUCCAGCGAGCCUUUGGAAUCCUUGUUGGCCGACCGUGGCUGCUUAUUGGAGUACGGUAAAAUGAUUGUGCAGCGGUGCCAAGACGCUGAAGAGCCAUGUUUGAUUCAGAUUUCCUGGGCUGUACCAGUUUUCCAGGCAUUAGAGCUCCGAUUGGAGCUAUUUAUGCAACUGCUAGAAGAACAGAGACGCCAAACAUCCCACCUAAAUGGCACGUUCACAGCUGCCGAAAGAGUCCCCGGAAUAACACUCCAAGGCUUACAGGAUGACAACCUCCCCCAAAGUUAUUCGCCCCGAGCCUUCUCCUCCACGCAAGUUAAAAUGAAAGAGAGCUUACCGGCCUUCCAGGCUCAACCAACCCAGUCAUCUCUCAUAGGACGUCCAUCCUCCGGUUAUUACCCCACGGUGUAUUUCCCCCAUUCCGAAGGUGUACCCAUCCAUUUCCAGAGAGCAACGAUCGAACAGGCUUACCCUCCGGCACGCGAACUACAACAAACCAUUUACCACCCUUUUGGAACCUACCUGCCCCACAUAAACCCGCACGCUAUCUCCCAAGCUCCAACUCCAUUUGACCCGUCGUUUAUUCUUCCAAAUCAAUAUAUGCCGUACUACCUGUCAUAUACAGCGCAGUCCAGCCAACAAGCGGAUUUCCAUGUUUUCACCCAGCCUCCACCUCUGUAUUCGAAUCCUACUUCUCAAAGGCCAAACACCGAAGCCUUUUUCGGAGACCCCAGAAAUGCGCCCAACCAGCAAAACAGAUGGGAUGUAUAAAUCUAAUUUAUGUCUAAUAAGAUUUACGGAACCUUUUUACCUUAUAACCGAGCUAUGCGACAUGUUACGAUGAUACACCGGUAGAAAUGAGAUAAACGU